UUAUAUGUUUUCAUAUCGUCUGCUACAAAGCCGAGAACAGCAGAGAUAGGUAUCAGCAUGUGAUAGCCUGUUAAUCGUGUGUCUCAAAAUAAAAUCGUGCUAAACGCUACGUCGCCAUGGAAGACCAAGGAAAACCAACCAUGGUGUUCCAUCCGAUUAUUUCCUCUAUACAGAAAAUUGCCCUAUACGAGACAAAAUCCCGGUUCUAUCUGAUGGGAUCCAACAACACAUUAACGCGUUUUCGAGUCCUGAAAAUCGACAGGAUGGAACCGAGAGAGUUGGUCGUAAUGGACGACAAGAGGGAAUAUACUCAGGACGAAAUAAAAGAUCUCGUCAACAUGAUUGACAUGGGUAAUCGAACACGAGCAGGACAGCGCAGCAACGUGGGUGGUGUUGCACGUGUCGUAUCUGCCUUUGGGAUUGUUGGCAAAAAUAGUAAAGAACCUGCACCUAGUUCGAGUAUAUCAGAGGAGCCUGAGCAACAAGAAUUACAAAAACCACUGCAUAAACCGACACAAACUAAAUUCACCUGGACGAGUAUGUGGCAGAGAGACACUUUCCCCAGGCUAGUACCAGCUUUUGCUCUCCUUGGGUUUAUACGUUUUUUGGAAGGAUAUUACAUAAUCCUAGUUACAAAACGUCGCCGAAUUGCAGUUAUUGGUCAUCAUACAAUAUAUAAAAUAGAAGAUACAUCAAUGAUAUACAUACCAAAUGACAUUGUACGAAUCUUCCAUCCUGACGAACAGAGAUAUGUAAAGAUGUUUCAAAGUAUUGAUCUCAGCAGUAACUUCUACUUCAGUUAUUCAUAUGAUAUAUCACAUACUUUUCAAAGUAAUAUGGCACCGCCAACGCGUAUCAAAUCUGAUCUUCUCACUGACAUGUGUACUAGCCAAAGGGAAUCUGAAGAAUCAGACGAUUCUGAAGAUUUUUUUAACAUGUGGGCAUUUAGAAAAGAUUGGCAGACUGAACAUAGAGGCGAGAAAUAUAUGGAUUACGGUAUACGUAGUAAUCCACAUCGUCGUUUUGUGUGGAAUUCCCAUCUUUUAAAGCCAGUAGAAAAAGAUUUGCAUCCUGAAUGGAUAUUGUAUAUAAUACAUGGCUUUAUUGGUCAGUCAAAUGUGAGCAUUUUUGGAAGAUCUAUGUACGUCACCGUUAUUGCCAGAAGAAGUAACAAAUAUGCAGGAACACGUUUUCUGAAACGUGGUGCAAAUUUUGAUGGAGAUGUCGCGAAUGAAGUAGAAACGGAACAAAUCGUUCAUGAUUCUGGCGUGAGUUCUCUAAGUAAAGGACGUUUCAGUUCUUUUGUACAAAUGCGUGGAUCAGUGCCUGCUCAUUGGAGUCAGGAUGUUAGUAAGAUGGUCCCAAAACCGACCAUAACUUGUGAUUUGUCUGAUCCUUAUGUAGAAACAGCAGGAGCGCAUUUUAAUCAAUUAUUAAAAAGAUAUGGAUCACCAAUAAUAAUAUUAAAUUUAGUUAAAAAACGAGAGAAGAAGAAACAUGAAAGUACAUUAAGCGAAGAAUUAAGUAUGGCUGUGAAAUACUUGAAUCAGUUUCUACCUCCAGAACAUCAUAUUCAAUAUAUAAGUUUUGAUAUGGCACGUAUGAGCAAAAGAAAAAAAGUGAACGUUAUGGGGCGAUUAGGAAAUAUUGCUCACAAUGCUGUAUUAAAGACUGGUAUUUAUCAGUCACAAAAUCUUUAUUACAAUCAGAGAAAUCUGUUUUCACCACAAAACAAUAAUACGAGGAAACUCCACAAGACAAAUUCAAAUUCGACUUUAUUAUCUAAUUUAAAUGACACCAAAAGCUCUAUUAAUACUUCGAUUAAAAUGGAUUGUAACGGGCAAACAAGUUCUAUAUAUGAUUCUGAUUCAAAUAUAGAAAUUAAUAAAACAAAUGAAUUAAAUCAAAUCCAAAAUAAGGUGAAGGAAUGUUUUGCUAAGAGAGGAACUGUGCAAACUGGAAUCAUCAGAACAAAUUGUGUAGAUUGCUUAGACCGAACAAAUACAGCUCAAUUUGCAAUAGGAAAAUGUGCCUUAGGGUUUCAAUUGUGUGCUUUGGGUGUACUAGAGUCUCCGAAACUCGAAUUUGAUUCCGAUUGCGUAAGGAUGUUAGAAGAAUUGUACGAAGAUCAUGGAGAUACUUUAGCCUUGCAAUAUGGUGGUUCACAACUAGUACAUAGAAUUAAGACAUACAGAAAAACUGCUCCAUGGACAAGUCAGGGUAACGAUAUUAUGCAAACUUUAAGCAGAUAUUACAGUAAUACAUUUAGUGAUCAAGAAAAACAGCACACGAUUAAUUUAUUUUUGGGAUUGUUCAUACCUGAAGAAGGUAAGCCUCCAAUAUGGGAAAUUCUAACAGAUUAUUAUCUCCAUCAUCUACCAGCUUGUCACUACUCACGUAAAAGAAGACUUCUGACACAAUGGUGGGAUAAAAAUGUAUUGAAAUGUCUUCCUUACGCACUUGAUGAAGUAACUAAAUCCUGUUCAGAAAUGAUACAAGUGCAAAAUUCAAUAGAAGAAAUGAUUGACGUUUAUUACGAUUAUCACAGGCCAUAUGAAUUAUCUUUACUAUCUGAGGUGUAUGCAUAUAAAAUAAGUCACUCUGUUAGAGAUUUUAUGCCACAUUUUACUACUUGCUAUAGUCCAUUUGCCGUUCGUGUACGACCAGGCAGACGGAGAGAAGAAGCAGGUAGUAAAAACUUAAACAUGAAAAAUCCAUCUAUGACUGGCCAGAGUAGUACGAGUAGUACAACAUCUAGCGCAAGCUCAAGCGAGGAUUCAAGUUCAGAUGAAGAUGAAAGCCACCAACAAAUGGACGAUUCCCAAUUAAUUACUUCUAAAGACAGUUCAGAAUUAAUGUCAUUUGAAUCAUUGUUUCCCUCUAUGAAGGAAGUAUAUGGCAUAGAGCCAGAAUAUCCAAAACGAAACGACAUUAUUCUUUAUAAAAGAUUUGUUCUAAUAGGACGAAAUGCAACAUAUUCUACAGAUCAUACUAAACUACGUUUGAAACUAAUUCAACAAACAUCUUUUCACGAAUCUACAGCUGCUGUCAUAACGUUACCUACUGUUAAAGACGCAAGCAUAAGCAUAUAUGAGCAAUAUGUGAAAAGAGCCACAAUAGGUGGCACGAUACCAAAUCCAAACGAUAUGAAUCUGUAUGAGGCUUAUGUUUCUCAGUACAAAUUACUCAUGAAACCCGCAUGCUCAGGAUAAGACCAAAUCAAUUUCACGUUUUAUAAAUUAAACUUAUUGUAUACAAGGUGGGGCAUUUUAAUCGCCCCAGGUGGAUAUCUCAACUAAGAGAGAUACAGGAAAAAGUUUUAUAUAAAAGUUGUAAAUUGUCUUAAGGGGAAAAAGGUAAAAAUAACAGAUUUUGUACACGGGGUAUUACCAAGAUCAGGUUAAGAUCAUCGAUUUUUUUUUAAUGAAACAUUAUUUUUGAUGCCAAAAUUUAAUAGCUGGUGUCAAGAGCUUUUCAAAACACUAUAAUAAAGUUAUCUUCCAUUAAGUACUUUUCAAGUUAUAAAGUUUGGAAAUUACAGUACCGCCGACAUUAGCAUUACUCAACGUGUCCAACCG